GAGGUUAGGUUAAAACUGUUUCACCGAUCAAAACGCAAUAUUAUAGAAAAUGUACUAAUUACCUUAUACAUUUUAAUAAACUAUAAAUUAAAGCAAAAGUUUAAUUUCACGAGCUAUAUUACAAAUCCAUAAAUUAUUAUGGGCGUGGGAGCUUAAGUUAGGUUGCUUUGGAGUUUGUGUUUUCUCAUCAGCUGGAUUCAAGAGAUUCAAGAGAGAUUCAAGAGAUUUAUUGGAGCAAUGGAUUCCGAAAAUCCUACCGUCGAAAGUGAACUAGUAACACCAAGUGAAGAAGCUAAACCUACUAGUACAGCUGAAGAUGUGUGUGAAAGCAAAAAUGAAGAUAAGAGCUCCACCAAUGUCUCCCCUGAAGUAAAAGACGUGCCAAAAAAUGAAAUGGAUGAAGCGAAUUUACAUUAUGAUAAUGGUGUUUGUAUAUAUACAGACCCAGAAUCAAAAUUGCAGUACACAUGGGAUGAUGCCAAACAGGAGUGGGUUGAUAGAAAUGCCCCUGAUGCAUUGUCAGAUAAAGAUUAUCAAUACGAUGGCAAGACAUACACAUACACUGACAAAGAAACAAAUGUAAAAUACACGUGGAAUGAAGAUAAAAAAGAGUGGGAUGUCAGUGUUGAUGACAGAGAGGAGUCUAGUGAAAAACGAGAAGAAGAAGAAGAAGACGACACUAAAAGAAAAAACCCAGAUGACAUAACCUCAAAAGACAUGUCUCAAGGAAGUUACAGUUUUGAAAAUGACACUCAUGUUUACACAGAUCCAUCCGAUGGCUCCAAAUAUUUUUGGGACAAAGAAAAGAAUGCUUGGUUUCCACAAGUGGAUGAUGAUUUCUUAGCUAAGUACCAAAUGAGUUAUGGAUUUGUUGAUCCUAAUGCUAAUGAUCCAAAACCGGAACCAGUGAAAGAGCAACCGCAGAAGAAAGAUGCUGAAAAAAGAAAAGCUCCUCAAACACCAGCUUGGUUUGAGGAAGAAGAAGAAGAGACGACCAAAGUUUACGUCAGCGGACUGCCACUGGACAUCACAGAGCAGGAGUUUAUCGACGUGAUGCAGAAGUGCGGUUUGGUGAUGAGAGACGAGACAACGAAGAAGAUGAAAGUUAAGCUUUACCUGGAUCCUGAGACUUCCUUGCCUAAGGGUGACGCUCUGUGUACAUAUAUCAAGAAAGAGUCAGUGGAGUUGGCCCUGAAGCUGUUGGAUGGCUCUGAUGUCAGAGGUCACUGCAUCUCAGUGGAGAGGGCAAAGUUCACCAUGAAGGGACAGUACGACCCGACACUCAAGCCUAAAAAGAAGCGCAAGAAGGAUAAAGAGAAACUGAAGAAGAUACAGGAGAAACUGUUUGCUUGGAUGCCAGACAAGUUGAGAGGUGAACGAGCCAAACACGAGAAGAUUGUGAUAGUCAAGAACCUGUUUGAACCUGAAAUGUUUGAUAGAGAUGUCAAGUUGAUACUUGAAUACCAACAAGAUCUGAGGGAGGAGUGUUUAAAGUGUGGCGCUGUCAAGAAAGUUGUCGUUUUUGACAGACAUCCUGAAGGCGUAGCCCAAAUAAGCUUUAAAGAGUUUGAGGCAGCUGAUGCUUGUAUUCAGUUACUAAACGGAAGGUGGUUUGGCCAAAGAAAAAUAACUGCUGAAUUAUGGGACGGCCACACAAAAUACAAAAUCACCGAAACAGACGAAGAAAUACAGGCGAGGCGAGCAAAGUGGGAAAAAUUCUUACUGGCAGAAGAAGAAGAGAAAGAAGCAAAAGAGAAAGAAAAUAAAGAAAUGACCAAAGAUAUUGAGGUUAAAGAUGCAGACAAUGAGAUUGAAACUGAAAAGAAAGACUCAAAUGUUGUACAAGAAGAUUCAGAUGCAGAUACAAAGAGUAGUGUAGGAAGUGAAUAUGACACAGAUGAAGAAGUAAAUAAUUAAUACUUGUAAUAUAAUAAUACAAUUUUAAUUUUUUUAUAAAUUCGAUACUUUGUACCUUUCCCAUAGUUAUGAAAUUGAGACUAACCAAGAAUCAGCUUUGUGAAUUGUGUAAACAUUUUAAUUUGAAGGUAAAAUAUGGACUUUCCUAUUGAGAGUAUUUCUAACUACACAACAAAUUUGUAGGUAAGAAAACUCCUCCUGGUUUCAAGUGACUGUUAUAUCUCAACCCCAGCAUUUAGCUACUGAACGUACUUACCUAAACCUAACAUAACAAUUUUGUAGUUUUUUUCACGCUAACU